UAGUAGUCGUAGUGGUUGUAAGAGCAGCAGCAGCAGCAGCUGAUGGUGUAGUCGGUGCUUGUGGUAGUAGUAGUAGUAGUAGUAGUUGGUGGGCAAGCCAGCUUCGUACACCAACAGUUUCAGUAGUUUAUAGUAGAAAUGGCAGCCACCACAACAAGAAAGGUGCUGUCUGUUAUUAGACGUGGGUCCUGCCGCUCACCACUGACAGCAUCCAGGAUUUUAUUUACCGGCAACAAACAUUUUCAGGGUGGUGGCAGGACUCCUUUUUUAGUAUGUAUAUGUGGGACAUAUUGUACCAGGAUUAUAAACAGAAAUGAUGCAAGUUUGCAGUAUAGAGACGGCUUACCUGUAUUUUCAGUGCCUUUACCUUCCCGUCAAGAGACGUGUGAGUUUGUUUUAAAACCAAUAUCACAUACUGUGGGAGAUUUUUUUAACUUUAUGAAAGAAGAAGAUCAUGGUAUUGAUAAUAUAUCGAUAUAUACAAAAGGUUCAAAUGUUGAUGGAGAAUUCAAGGAAUCUGAGGGAAUUAAAGUUGCAAAAUCCACAUCAAUAAAUAAUCUUUUAAAAUCUGAAUUCUGGCUUAUAGUAAACAACAGGGAAUAUCAUGUCACACCUCCUGAACAAAAAAUACCUUUAUGUAAAAGACAUUAUGCAGGGAAGAAAGGAAAUAAUGCUUUUCUGCUUGGUAAUGAAAGUGUAGAAAAACUUUCUGAUAUCAAGAUGUUAGUGUCUCAGUUAUAUAGCUCACUAAACAUUGAACAGUACCAAUUAGAAAGAGAAAACGAUUUGCUACAGAGGUUAGAGGAUCUUAAACUCCAACUGGAACCACUAGAAAAGGUAAAGAAAGAUCUUGAAGUUCGUGCCCAAAGAAGAACAAACAUGCUCUCAUGGCUUGGACUAGGCAUGAUGGGAUUGCAAUUUGGAAUUCUUGCUCGGCUCACUUGGUGGGAAUAUUCUUGGGAUAUCAUGGAACCUGUAACUUAUUUUGUUACCUAUGGAACCACAAUGGCCAUGUAUGCUUAUUUUGUUGUUACUAAACAGGAAUAUAAUUUCCUUGAAGUUAAAGACCGACAAUAUCUGCUGAGUUUCUACAAAAAUGCCGAGAAAAAACGCCUGGACGUGCACAAGUAUAACCACUUACGAGAUGCUAUUUCUCAGGUGGAAUACGAUCUUCUUCGAUUAAGGGAUCCUCUUCAAUUACAGCUGCCUAUAGGUCACAUACAGAGGCAAAAGUCCUGAGAUUGGCUCAGAUUUCACAGCCCCUCACUGCGACUAAGUGUUACUGUGUUAUUGUUCAUGGACUAUUUCUACUACUUUGACUACUACUACUACUUCAAAUACUACUACUACUACUACAACUACUACUACUACUACUUAUGGUGUUGGCCACCGCAGUUGCGAUGCACUAUGACUUUGCUUCAACUAAUUCAUUCAUUUGUGGUACUUUUACUCAACCUUUUAUAGUAAACAUCUUUGUAUAUUAACUGUAGCAUCUUGUUGCCAAUUGUUAACCUCAAUCACAGAAAUAUCUUCUUAUUUUGUUACUAAUAUCUACAAUCUUGAUUGGUCAGAAUUAAAUAAUAAUAAUAAUGAUAAUAAUAAUGAUAACAUGGAAACGUGAAAAAGUGAAGCUUUUUAUAAAGGAACAAAACAACAAAAAAAAGCGUUAAAGAAACCGUAAAACUCUCUCUCGCCUGUCAUUGGUUCAAACAAAUCUCUCCAGUCUCCAAGAUUGUUGAGAUGAAUUUGCAUUGCUUUAUGAUUAACAACUUAAACUGUUUUAUUGUAAGUCUUUUAUUUGUUUUUAUUGUAUUCUUGAUUUUUUUUUCUUUUGUUUAAGAAAAAGAUGUUUACAUGACUGAAGUGUUUUGUUAACAGACCUCUUUGAACUGAAAUCCACCCUUUCAAAUAGUUUACUCAUAAUAAUUAAAUGGGUGGCUAAGACACUUAAAACACCAAUUUAGACAUUAAGGGGUUUUUUUUCUUUUUUUUUUCUUCCAUUUUCCAUUUACUUUCAACCAAAACAAACAGCGGUGUGUUUCUGCUAGAUCAAUGUAUAAUUAAAACAAUAUACCCUAUUUAAUUUGACCCCCAUCUUAAUUAGUGAUUUUCUUAACGAAAAGUCUCUUCUUUGGCUUUCCUGCUUCUUUAUUUCUUUCUUCCAAAAUCCUAUAUUCUUCACAGUAUAUUUAUAGCUAAAACUCUACAGUAUUUUCUGCACUUUAGAUCAUUUAAUUAAAGCAUUUAAUUAAAAGAAAUCUUGGAAAUAUUAAGCUAUCAAAUUUGUUGUUGAUGUUUGAAAUCUUAUAUUUCAUUUCAUUUAACAUCCAACUGACUCUAAACCCUAACUUCUUUAAUCUUCAAUUGCUCACCUAAUAUAGUUUGGGGCCCCCAAAACAAUCUAUAACAUUGUUAUUGGUAAAUGUUCAUCAAUAAUCCACAUUAAUUACGAAAUAUCAAUAGGAGAGUGUAUUACAAUACACUUGGCCCUGCUUAUGAAAAAUGGCUUCUUUUAAACAACAACUUGUGCAGAAUUGACAUUGAAUCUCAAAUAUAUUUGCUGCUGAAGGUUUAAAAAUGAAACAAAAUUUAGUUUUGUUGAUGUUAAAGCAUAUAAUUAGUGAAUCUCAUUUAAUUAGUAUUGGCAGUGGAAGUAGUGAUUGUCUGGCUAGACAUUUACUUUUGGAUUCUCCUCUAUAAUAUCAGAGCAAUUCAUCCGCAAAUGCUUCUGCAAACCCACUGAUGGUUCCAUAGAGAUUAUUCUGGGUGAUUCUAGAAAAAAA